AUGGGGCUCCUAUCAGACCCUGAAUACGGGUCUUUGAAAUGGGCUCGGAUUCUUAGGAAGGUUCACUCUCCUCUGUGUUUUGUUUGCUAUAUUGCUGCUAUAGCUUGGUUUUUCAUGUUAGCCAAUAAAGAAUUCAAUAAUGAGACAUAUUUCUCUGAAAAUGCUUUACUACCGGGAUUAGUUACAAAUGAGUUUAAUGGUGAACAUUCGGCAAAUCAAUUCUUCAAUGAAUUUUUGCAAGAACUUGAGGAGAAAUAUGAUGAGUCAGAUGAAAUACCGAUACCCUGGCUAGUUGGAAAGAUGUCACAACUGCAUUUAGAAGUAUACACACAUAACUUCACAUUAAAUUAUCCCCUUGGGCAGGGGCAGGUGUUUAAGGGCACAAAUGUCUAUGGUAUUCUCAGAGCACCUCGCACUUCUUCCCUGGAGGCAAUAGUCGUAACUGCUCCAUAUAGAUCUUUAUCUAACCAUCAGAAGGGAACAGCUGCAGGGAUAGCACUAAUGCUUGCAUUUGCACAGUUUGCAAGACCACAAAAAUAUUGGGCCAAGGAUAUAAUAUUUUUAAUAACUGAACAUGAACAGCUAGGAAUGCAAGCGUGGUUAGAAGCUUACCACGGUCUUCAUCGAUCGUCACCUACCUUCUACACAUCUCUCGGAAACUUCUGGCACCCCAGUAGCUCAUUCGCAGAUAUUGGAACAUUCUCUAAGGGUUUCCAAUGGCUGAACGAUCACAAUAAAUGCUUAGAUCCUGGUACAUUGAAAGGAAGGUCCGGGUCUAUACAGGCAGCUAUCAAUUUGGAAUUCCAUACACCAAAGUUUAAAUAUAUUGAAGUAAAAAUAGAAGGUCUAAAUGGACAAUUGCCGAAUUUGGAUUUAGUUAAUUUAGUGCAUAAAUUGUGCGUCAAGUCUGGUAUACAUCAUUCAUAUAAAAACAGCUAUUCCUGGGUUCGAACCCGUAACAAAAUGGAUGAAUGGGUCAACAGCAUAUAUACUAUGCUUGGAAUGGUAUCCACGCAACUUGCUGGGGUGCCAAACGGCAAUCAUGGUUUGUUCCACCGUUUCGGAAUCGAAUCUGUUACCCUCGAAGGUCGUGACGCAGAUGAUCCCGCGGGAAUCCCCCCUCGGGUUCAUUCUCUAUCUCCUGCCAACUUCUACCGCCUUGGUAUCACAUUGGAAAGUAUUCUACGUUCUUUGAACAAUCUUCUAGAACGAUUCCAUCAGAGUUACUUCUUUUAUAUGCUAGCGGCUACUAAUAGGUUUAUUUCUAUAGGUCAGUAUAUGCCAUCGUUGUGUCUUCUAUGCGGUGCAAUGUUAGUCCGAGCUCUCUCCCUCUGGGUCACAUUACAAAAAGAUAUCGACGAACAAACAGAUAAAGAUAAAGAAGAUGAAAAAGAUAAAACAAAAGAUAACAAUGAAAAAAAAGAAAGUGAUAAAGAUGAUGUGAAAGAUAUUAAAGAAAAGAAAAAUAUGAAGGAAAAGAAAGAUACGUUUAAAAAAGAUACAGAACUCAAUUUAAGUGUAGUGAAUAUUGGUGCGAAUUAUUUGAUAGUACAUUUGUUGGGGUACGGUGUAAUGAAUUCGCCAUUGAUUUUUAGUCAUAUUGGUGCAACCUACUUCGACGCACCCUCAGAACAAUCAGUAUUCUACGGCCUCAUAAUUAUAUGUGUUUUGCUAACUUUGAUAACGCCAUAUAUCCUAAACUUUCGUUCCAUACCUUUGACUUUUGAAGAACUAUCUAUAGUGAAUAUACUAUUAUUGAUAGAACUUUCCACGGCAUGUUUGGCCAUUGGUAUGCAUAAUUUCCCAUUGGGCUUGUGUUUGGGGGUCGCUUACACCCCCUUGGCGUUAUUAGUGGGGGUUGUUGGCAAGGAUCUUAAUAAGAAAAGGAAAAUAUCUCUUUUCAUUAAAAGAGUCGCAUGUCUCUUACUGCACCCACUGCUACUAGUUGUAUUGGGUCUGACAGUCUAUUCGCGGGUUCUAUUCCCGGAGGAGGCAUUUUUGUCUAUGGCCAGUAGAGGGAGAGAUGCGGCGAUGCAAGCUAUUAUGUUCUCUAUUGUUGACUCUAUGAUUUACGGGAACUGGCUUUUUAAUGUGGCAGCGACAAUAAUUCUACCAACUUGGAUUUUGUUUUGGCAAAUAUUGUGUAACAGAGUUGCCAUU